UAUUGUUUUUACCGUCAAUGAACACCAAAAUAUUAGCAUCGCGGUGACAAAUCCUCAGGCUGGCUACGCUACUGAGUAUAAUCAGAAAUUUGAUACUAGGAUAAAGUGCCAUUGGCAUUGAGCCCUGAGAGGCAUGCAUCUCGAGCAAGGAAGGUUAGUGAUCAAAUCUCGUUGAAGACAGACCAAACCUACUAAGAAAGAAAGGUACAACUCAUAUUUCAGACCUUAUAUUGAAUUUUGGCUACAAGCAACGCAAAGAGAAAGUGAGGAGACCAAACAGCAGCGGUCAUCUUCAAAAAUCUAGCGCAUUUGCAUUCGAAGCCUCUUGGGAGGAGAGAGACUUUAAUAGCUGUGAUCAAUCAUUCCAGUUUGACGGCCAACUGUCAAAAGCGUUAAUGCUGCAACAAUACUCGUGAAAAACCAAUUAGGCGUCAAGAUGAAAAAUUGCUUAUGGACAUUGGCGAUAUUUUUUAAAGUUGUUGUACAAGCUCUGAUUGGAAUUGAUGCAACGGCAACAAAAACAUUAUCCGUGUUGAGCUGUGAGCCGAACCCAUGUGUCGUAGGAAAUUGCACCGUGGUUAACGGCAGCCACCUGUGUACAUGUUCAAAAGUGUUUCAGAUGUGCACACUCGACUAUACACCUGUGUGUGGAACUGAUGGACAAACAUAUCCCAAUAUCUGUUCUUUGUACUCAAAGAUAUGCGCUAGUAACAAACCAAUCGAAUUUCAUUACAGUGGGGAAUGUGUUCAACGAAAUCUGAAACCGGCUGCACUAACCCAAGACGGAAGUGGUUCAAUGCAAAUCAGUUUUGGAUUUAUCUUCCAUUUUUUGCCUUUUCUCCACUUGCAGCUUUUCUAGUCUAAGAAGAACACAGAAAUUUUUUUACAAAUUACUUUCUUUUUACAAAACACCAGGGUGUUGAUUGACCAGAAAGUUGGUUAACAUCCACUAACGUGAAUAAUAGAGACAUUGCGUUCAGAAGGUUGAUUGGACGGAAAUUCUGACGACGAAGGUAGAACUCUGGACUUCACAAACCAAUGCUUGCAACCUUUAUCACCGUACGAAUUUUUUCUCAAAUAUUUUUAAAGAGAGUAUAUUUUAAAAUCCCUACAACAGGGGUAAAUGGCACGUAAUGCGAACACAGAUGUAAAUAGAGUAAAAGUGUGGUAUAGCGUACCCAUGCAUAGAACUGUAAUACCAUUUUGUAUUUAUCAAUUUCAAAUUUUAUAUUAUGAGAUUUAGGUUAUGGAUCGUAAAAAAGGUUAACUUGAAUCAAAGAUCAUUCUUGAUCGUUCGAUACUGAUAUUGUAAUGCCAAGCAGUAGCCUUUAAAGGUCUGUUCACACGAUCCAACUUUGUCGGAUCCAAUUCACUUCUGAUGGAUGUUUUAUAGUCUGUUGACUUGCAAUGUAUGUGGACAGCAAAUCAACUGUAAACCAACGCAGAGCGACCAACUUCAUUCCAUACGUCAGAAGUGAAUUGGAUCCAACAAAAUUGGAUCGUGUGAACAGACCUUAAAGUGUUUCAAAACUAACGAUUGCAAGUCAAAUUCCACGUCUUUGAAAUGGUGUAUUUAAUUAUUUUGGGCAUGAAAUGAAAUUGUGAAAUCAGAAAAGUCAUAGUAGAAAAAUUGGAAAAUAAAUCACUUACGACAUGGAAAAAGUGUUAAACUGAUUUGUCGUAACCACGCCUGCACAAAUAUAUUUUCGGCCAUUUGCCAGGAGCCAUCCAACUUUUGUCACGUGUACCAAAUCCCAUCGACCAUCUCUAUGAAUCACCCAGCAUUUUUAUAACGUUUACAAUAUCAUAUCAACCAUCACUAUUAACCGUCAAACUUUGUUUGAUUACGAUUACAAAAUCGUCAUCAAACAUCACUGAAAAGCGCGCGUUCAGACUUAAAUCAGAAAAGUGAAAAUCAGAUGAAACACGGCAGGUUUUAGUUAUUCAAAAAGCUGUUAAUAUGCAUAAUAAACAACUUGCAUGCAUAAAGGCCUAUUUAGAUAACACGAUAAGUUGUAUGCAAUUAUCAUUCUGACGAAUGCAAAAGAGGACCUAUGCCACAAUCUUCAUUCAAUUUAGUUCAGAGUGGAAUUUAAAGUGUCACGUUUGUACGUGUGUUCACACGUUCACAUACGCCAGGGUACGAAUCGUAUACGACAAAUCGCAUAG